AUGCCGUCACAACCGCUCGACUCUGCGUGGAACUUCAGUUCUGUGUUUGAACUCAUAGGAUCGGACAGCACCCACGAUGUUAUUUCACCUACAUUGAGGCCAUCAGAGCCGCGCUCGCCCGCUGCUGCACUACAAGAUGGAGGGGUUGGUCUAGGCAACUUCUGGAAGCUUUACGAGAGUUUGGGUAUGCAGACGAACGUGGCAACACCUUUGCCACCGUUGGAUGAAUCGGAACUUAGUACUUCUGAUGACGCCCUGCUGCCCUCUCCGAUCAUCAAUGCUUUUCAGGCGCCAUCAUCGCAAGCAGGCCCCAAAGAGAAGGAACCAACCAUUGUCAGCACAAUUAUACCCCAGACGCCGGGUACCACCAAGAAGCAGAGACGCAAGGCUCGUAGAGCAGCCGAGAAGGCAUCGGAAGAAAACAUAGACGACAUACAGAAGAGCUUGGUGGCCCUCGCAGACUCAUCAACAAAGGAUGCCGAUGUCGUCAACACCUCACCCACCAAGCCGUCUAGGGCCAUGUCCAACGUCGGCGCCAAGAUUAGACCAGCAUCUCCUGCACCCGAGGUGUCUCAGGUAGAUCGGCAUUUCCAUCUAUUCGAGAAAUUGUUGGCACGGUUUCCAGAGGAGCGGAAAUGGCUGGUCUCUCCUAAACAGAUGGUGAACGAGAACACGACGGCUGAAGGUAUCCAUGUCUUUGUCGACGCCUCGAACAUCAUGAUUGGCUUCAAGGACAUGCUUCGCGUGAAAGGUGUCCAGUCGUUCGACAUGUCGUUCGACAGUCUCGCGCUAUUAAUGGAGCGACGACGUCCGGUUGGAAAACGCUGUUUUGUUGGUUCGCACCGCGAGGCCAACCCAUUACCACAGGUCACUCGACUCAUCGAAACGUCGAAGGCCGUUGGUUACGAGUGCAGCGUACAGGAGCAAGUCUACAUUGCCCGCGAGGAGUCUUCGAAGAAGAAAUUCUUCAACGACGUGAACCGAUUUGGCUGGCAAAAGGCUAUCCAGAAGCGAUCAGGCAGCGGCAGUGACUCUGAAACGGGCACUGCCGUAGCUCCCAAGACGCCAUCCGCCCCGAAAUGGGUGGAGCAAGGCGUCGAUGAGCUCCUUCACUUGAAGAUGUGCCAGAGCAUGCUGGAUACCGAAACCCCCAGUACCAUGGUUCUCGCGACGGGCGACGGCGCGGAAGCGGAGAUGUCUGAUGGCUUCUUGGCUCAUGUUGAGCGCGCGCUCAGAUUAGGCUGGAAGGUGGAACUCAUUACUUGGAGACAGCAGACGAAUGGCGGUUAUAAGCGCAAGGCGUUCAGGCAGAAGUGGGGCGAGCAAUUCAGCAUCACGGAGCUGGAUGAUUUCCUCGAGGAUCUCAUCGAUACGCCUUAG